CCUUUUCCAAGUUUUACUUCCCCAAGAUCUCUACGACGAGAAAUUCCACCACUGUCCGGCUUUGAGAAGUCCAGCUUAUUGUCGCGUCUUCGAAAAGUGAGGAUUGUCUUCGAGACGAAAACUCUUGUUUGGGCAUUUCGCAAUUCGAAGUCAACAACGCGCUCUGCAGAAGCUGUGUGGCAGCACAGCUCGUUCUCUCUGUGGAAGCCUGCUGGCAACGCCGCAAGCACAACGAUGCAAACUCACUUGCUUCCUCGAUCUCAUCUGCGUGACCUGCUUUCAGACCCUUUCAUCGCCAAAAUGAAGUUCCUCACCAACAUCCUUCUCGUCCUUUCCUGCGUCCUGGUUCUAGCCGGGACUGUUCAAGGGCAAAAGAUGGAAGAACCCGAACGCAUCGACGCAAGCGUGGAACGAGACAUAGAGAGAAUGAUGGAGGAGCCUGAAGAAAUGGAAAAGCUGAUGAAAGAAGUUGAACGCGACAUGGAGCCUGAAGAGAGGCGAAUGGGCAGACGCAGAGGCUAUGGAGGCUACGGAUACGGUUACGGCUACCCUUACUACAGUGGUUAUGGCUACGGCUACCCCUAUUACGGCUAUGGAUAUCCCGGCUAUUACGGAUAUGGACACCGCUUUUGGGGGCGCCACUAUUGGUAAAAGUCAUUUGUCAGGAUCUGUUGCAGAACCACGAUUUGAAGUGUGCAUGGUGCCGCCAAAAUGCAACAGAGACCUUUUGUCAUGGGCCUGAGUUUGUUUUCUUUGACACUUAAGCAAUUUUAAAACUUCUCUUUCUUAGAUCAGCGGCGCCGGCAGUCAGUUACGGCUUUCGCCCACUUAGACACAGCGCAGAAUCCUUACUGUGCAACCACAGAGGCAAGCUGUCGGUUUCUGUCGACAGGAAGCGAAAUACCUUCAGAUGACGCGCUCCUCAUUAGGUACACGUAGCGACAACAGAUGGUCAUGAAGCAGCUGAGAUUGAGUUUCAGAACAAAGUUCUUAGACGAAAGGUAGACGCCAGACGCGUACGGUGGCAAGCCGGCGUGGAAAGAGGUAGAGAAACAACCACAUUAGCCGAGGGAAGAACUCGCUAAGAAUCACUUGUCAAUUAUACUGUCAUUGACACUGCAUCAGCUCUCAGGGGGCUUCUGUGGAGAAUGCACCGGAUUCCUUUAUCAGAAAUCGCAGCAUAUAUCCCCGAG